AGUGUCGUAUCAAGGGAUGGGGCUCCGUUAUGAAAUUCCGACUAUAGGUUGUUGGAGAGUUUUAUUUACAGACCAAAUGCAAAAUGAUAUGGGAUUAGAAUAGAGGGAACCACUGCAGUGAAAGGUCAUGGAUUCCCCUAUCCUUCUUCUCCUAGCCCUCCUGAUCGCUCUGAUCCAAUGUUUUCCUGAUGACUACCACAGUCACAACAGCACCCGUCACCAUGACUACUGUGUGCUUGGAGCCGGGCCCGCUGGCCUUCAGAUGGGUCACUUUCUCUCCAAGAGUCAGAGAGAUUACAUCAUCUUGGAGAGGAACUCGGGGCCAGGGAGCUUCUUCAAUAUAUACCCUCGACACAGGAAACUCAUCAGCAUCAACAAGAUCUACACAGGAAGGCGGAACCGCGAGUUCAACCUUCGUCACGAUUGGAACUCCCUCCUGAGUGACAGGCCCGACCUGCUGCUUCAGCGAGUCAGCCGGGAGCUCUACCCAGAUGCAGACUCAUUCCCCCGCUACCUCUCCAUGUAUGUGAAGGAGCUGGGGCUGAAGGUCCAGUAUGGGGUGGACAUCGGGAAGAUCAGGGCCUCAGAGUCUGAAUCACCUAGAGGCAGGGGAUACAUACUGACUGACCAGCGUGGACUGGACUAUACAUGCAGAGUCCUACUGGUGUCCACAGGACUGUGGGAUCCUCAGAAGGUCCAGUUUGAGGGCUCAGACCUGGUGGAGGGCUAUGAGUCCAUCCCUGUGGACCCAGAGGAGUAUAAGGACCAGGCCGUGCUGAUCCUGGGUAAGGGGAACUCAGCAUUUGAAACAGCUCAGAGCAUCCUGGGUCGGGCCAGCCGGAUCCAUCUCUACAGCCCGAGCCCGGUCCGCCUAGCCUGGCAGACACACUACGUCGGAGACCUCAGAGCUGUGAACAAUGAGCUGCUAGACACGUACCAGCUAAAGUCCCUUGAUGGGCUGGUGGAGGGAGGCCUUGAGGACAUUGCUAUCGUCAGAAAUGGAGAGGAUGAAAAGAAGCGCUCAGGCAGAAAGAAGAAGUGCAGAUCCAGUGGGAAGGAAAAGCGUGGCAAGUUGUUCCUUACUCUAUCUGAGUUACUGGACAGUUCGGAUGGGAGGAACAGUUCAAAGGUCACAGCGACAAACCUGCCUGUGUACCACAAUGACAACUUCUCUCUCCGCCAGCCAUAUGAUCGUGUGAUCCGCUGCCUGGGGUUCCGGUUCAACUUCAGCAUCUUUGAUGGCUCUGCCCGCCCACCAAGCAGUGAGGGUGCCAGGGGGCGGUUGCCAGGAGUGACAGCAUGGUACGAGGGGCGGGGAACCCCAGACCUUUUUGUUUUGGGGACGGCUGCACACUCAAGAGACUAUCGCUCUUCUGCAGGGGGGUUCAUCCAUGGCUUCCGAUACACAGUGCGUGCUGUACAUAGAGUCCUUGAGCUGCGUUACCAUAGCAACUCCUGGCCAGCAAUCAAACUGUCAAUCAGUCAGCUGCAGUCCUGGCUGUUGAGGAGGGUCAAUGAGGCCUCCGGACCGUACCAAAUGUUUGGGGUACUUGGAGACAUCAUUUUACUAAGAGGCUCUCACUGUGAGUAUCUGGAGGAGUUUCCCCUCCAGGCCCUGCCCCAGUUCUCUUCUCUGUCUGGCCACCAGCUCUCCAAGCAUGGGCUGCUGGUUCUGGUUCUACAGUACGGGCUGAACCGCACAGACUCACUGGGCCCUGGCAGGGCAGAGUCAGAGUGGACCCGUGCCUGGAGGUCCAACUUCCUCCACCCUGUUCUAUAUUACUACGACAAACUUCCCACUGAGAGGGACAUGAGACACCGUCCUGUUGGCUGGCCAUUGCCACGGCCCAAGGCAGUGCAUCACAUGAUCGAGGACUUCUUGACUGAGUGGGAUGGGCCCAUCUCCCACAGCCAGCCACUGCGGCGCUUCCUGGAACACUGUCUCCACACUGACCUCAGGGCCUUCUAUGCAGAGUCAUGUUUCCGCUUUUCCCUUACCAAUCAAAAGCCACCCCUGUUUUGUCGUCAGGGAUACCUGAGGAAGCAUGGGGUUGUUAGGAAUAGUCAGCUGUGGCAGCAUGCCCAUGAUGCUGGGCUAAUGCCUGGAGGACAGGACUCUGCAUCCCCAGACACAGACCCAUCGUUCCCUGAUUACCUUACACGAGCUGGAACCUCAGUGUCCUCUGCAAUAAACCUCGACUUCUGAUUGUUUACCCAAGGAUCCUAAAACUAAGCCUAUGACAGUUUUGAUGUCCCAAGACAUUCUCUACCUGUCAUUAUAAUGUCCAUGAAUAUAUACAGUAUACAGAGUCUACAAAACAUUAAGAACACCUUCCUAAUAUUGUGUUGCACCCCCCCCCCCUCUUUUUCCCCCAGAACAGCCUCAAU